UAACAUCCUUAUCAAUGGUAUUUCUGUGUCAAACUCUUACUCACCAACUUCACUAAACUCCAACAUGAAUUCCAACCACCACCUUCUCUUCCUCCUCAUCCUUUCCACCACCGCAUACGGCGGAGAAUCAUGCAAUCUUAUCCACCAGAGCGUAGAGACUUUCGGGGAAGGCGGCCGGAUCAUCGACAUCACCCACCGCAUCACCCCUAACAUGCCGGACUUUAUCCGUAUGCCUGAUAGUUUGGGGCAGUUUAUAUGGUUUGUUAAGACCAUGAGAAAUGGUUCCAUAGCCAACUUCUCUAAGAUGAAAUUUCACACUCAUACUGGUACUCAUGUUGAUGCUCCUAGCCACUUCUUUGAUCACUAUCUCGAGGCUGGUUUUAAUGUUGAUACUCUUGAUCUUGAUGUCCUUAAUGGUCCUGCCCUUUUGGUUGAUGUACCAAGGGAUAGCAACAUAACUGCGGAUGUAAUGAAGUCACUACACAUUCCAAAAGGAGUACGCCGUGUGCUUUUCAGAACUCUAAACACUGACAGGGGCCUCAUGUUCAAUAAGGAGUUUGAUACUAGCUAUGUGGGUUUCAUGAAUGAUGGGGCAAAAUGGUUGGUGGAUAAUACAGACAUCAAGCUUGUUGUUUACUUGUAUCACAUCAAUGUUGUAGGAGUUGAUUACUUAUCUGCUGCUGCAUACGAUCACCUGGCUUCUUCUCAUCUUGUUUUCCUCGCAAGCAGGGAAAUUAUACUCGUAGAAGCUCUAAAACUGGACGGUGUCCCUGCAGGAACAUACAAUGUUCAUUGCUUGCCCCUUAGGAUGCUUGGUGCUGAGGGAUCACCUAUAAGAUGCAUUCUCAUAAAAUGAAACUCUGAAUGUUCUUUGCAGGAAUUAUGAGUUUCUGGCUGUGGACUGGGGAUACCAAUUGACUUCUAGUGAUCAUACUAUGUUGAAUACCGAUUAACGGAACGCUGGAAGUCCAUACCAGUUGUGCUGUGGGCAUGUGGUUGCAUGAUGCUUCUUAUUGUAAAUAAUGUAAUCUUGAUUUUAGAAUGCUCAAACAGCUCAUACAAAACUAGCAACUAGAAUAAAUUUCUCCAAGUCCUGUUUGUUGUACCUUUAACUUUAAGCAGUACUUCUAUACUCUGAAAAACCUACAAUUCCAAUGAGUUACCCAAUAA